CGGUCGAUGUCGAUGCAGAACGAGGCACCCUAACAAAGUUGAGAACCUUCAAAUACAAAACACUCAUGUUAAUUUCUGAGAUUUCUGAUUUCUGUCACUUUUUAUAAUUGUAACAUAAAUAAAAGAAUAUUAAGUUUUUCCCUUUCGUCACGAUUUAAUUAAAGUUAUAAAGAGUAACAAUUCUUCCUUAAAAAAUGGCUGGUAAACCGACGAAACAGUUUGGAUUAAUAAUGCCGAAGAAGGCUCAACUUUCAGCACCAAGAGCAGUGAAUGUUUUUGGCAAUGACAGCGAUCAGGACGAUGACGAUGGCAUCGAUAGAAUUCAAAAAAGUUGGCGAGCCGAAAGUGGAAAGAGUCAAAUAAAAAAGCAAGCUCUCAUAAAUGCGGAGCGCGCAUUAGAGGAGGAUCCAACAAUAUUUCAAUACGAUGAAAUUUAUUCCGAAAUUCAUGUCGACACAGAAAAGAAAAAGGAGGAGAAAAAGAAGCAGGAGCCAAAGUAUAUUAAAAAAUUAUUGCAAAAUGCUGAGAAACGAAAACGUGAAAAUGAAUUGAGAAUUGAAAGGAGUGUACAAAAGGAAAGAGAAGCCGAGGGCGAUAUGUUUAAGGAUAAGGAAAAAUUUGUCACCGCCUCCUAUCGUAAGAAACUCGAGGAACAUAAAAAACUCGAGGAAGAAGAGAAAGAAGAGGAGAGACUCGAGGCUAUUGGCGAUGUUACAAAACAAGUUAAUAUCGAUGGUAUUUAUCGUCAUCUUUUUAGUCAGAGAUUUGAAAUUUCCCCAAAAACAGGAAUUCUACAAAAAUUCGAUAAUUCAAAGAAAGAAAAUUCCAAUGAAUCGAAAAAUAAAACAAAUAUCGACGCUGACGAUUCUUCUGUAAACGAUUCGAGUUCUGAUUCUGAGAAAACAAAAGCAGAAGCAUUGAAAAUUGUUUCGAAAAAUAGAAAGGGUAAACAAUAUCGUAAACGGGACAUGAAAUCAGAAUCUGAUGAAGAGGUGCGUGAAAAAGAAGAACAAGAAGAAGAAGCAGUGAAAGUAGAAAAGAACGAAAGUAGAGAAAAAAUUAAUGAACCUAAAGAGAAAAAGGAGGAAAAAGUGGUGAAGAAUAAAGAACCCGAGAAAAUGAUUUCAAAUGUUGAAAUUGGCGAUUCUUCAAAAUCGGGCGUGAAGAGAAAAGAAAGAGAUGAGGAGAAAGAAGGUCGAACUAAGGAGGAUGAGUCGAAUAGUCCGAAUAAGAGGAAAAAAGAUGAUGUUAAACAAAAGGCAAAAAAGUCAGAAAGAAAUGUUACAAUUUGGAUAAAACGAACUGUGGGACCAAUUUUCGAAGCCGCUUUACAGAGAUAUUACGACCGUCAAGCUGCAAAAAUAUCCAACUCUUAACUCUAUUAUUAUUAUUAUUAUUAUUAUUAUUACUAUUAUUGUAAAUAAAUUAUUUUUAUAAUAAUUAAAAUUGUUCGAGAUUAAAAAUACAACUCUUAAAUUUU